GUUUCCGCGUGUGAAGUUUGCACGGGGACCGGACUAAGCCGCCAACAUGGUGAAGCCAGGAUUUAAGGGACGGAGCACCAUCAACCCGUCCACUUCCAGCUCUAACCCAGAUCGAAUGAAGGGUGCUGGAGGCAACAAUAUGAGAGACCGGGCAACCAUCAAGCGCCUCAAUAUGUAUCGCCAGAAAGAACGGCGGAACGAUCGUGGGAAAGUGAUUAAGCAUCUACAAUAUCAGUCUUCGGUCCCAUCAGGCACAGUGGCUCGAGUGGAGCCCAACAUCAAAUGGUUUGGAAAUACCCGUGUGAUUAAGCAAUCAUCUUUACAAAAGUUCCAGGAAGAGAUGGAGGUUGUAAUGAAAGACCCAUAUAAGGUGGUGAUGAAGCAGAGCAAACUACCAAUGUCUCUUCUGUAUGAUCGAAAGAAACCUCAUAAUUCUAAAGUUCAUAUUCUGGACACAGAAGGGUUCGAAACAACAUUUGGUCCGAAGUCUCAACGAAAAAGGCCGAAUCUAAAUGCUGGUGAUAUGCAUGAGCUUGUUUUAAAUGCUGAGGCCUCAGCAGAGAGCUAUGACCAGGAGAAAGACAGAGACUUGGUUACCGAAGAUACUGGAGUCAGAGAAGAAGUACGGGAAGAAAUAUAUAAAAAGGGUCAGUCCAAGAGAAUCUGGGGUGAAUUAUACAAGGUGAUUGAUUCCUCUGAUGUGAUUAUACAAGUUCUGGAUGCCAGAGAUCCUAUGGGAACCCGCUCUUCUCAUAUUGAGGCUUAUAUCAAGAAGGAGAAACCAUGGAAGCAUUUGUUGUUUGUCCUCAAUAAGUGUGACUUAAUUCCUACAUGGGCUACGAAACGCUGGGUUGCCUGUUUAUCUGAAGAGUAUCCAACGUUGGCUUUUCACUCCAGCCUUACCAAUUCAUUUGGUAAAGGGGCUUUCAUCCAGCUUCUCAGACAGUUUGGAAAGCUGCAUACGGACAAAAAGCAGAUCAGUGUGGGAUUUAUUGGUUAUCCAAAUGUGGGUAAAAGUUCUGUGAUCAACACUUUACGGUCAAAGAAGGUCUGCAACGUGGCUCCAAUAGCUGGUGAAACGAAAGUUUGGCAGUAUAUCACGCUUAUGCGUCGGAUAUUUCUUAUUGAUUGCCCUGGUGUAGUUUAUCCAUCUGGAGACUCGGAAACAGACAUAGUGUUGAAAGGAGUGGUACAAGUGGAAAAGAUUAAAUGCCCAGAAGACCACAUUGCUGCUGUUCUUGAGAGAGCCAAACCAGAGUACCUAAGCAAGGCCUACAAGAUAGAGUCAUGGGAAAAUGCUGAGGAUUUCCUUGAAAAGCUAGCUUUUAAAACCGGGAAAUUGUUAAAGGGUGGAGAACCAGACCGACAAACUGUAUCAAAGAUGGUUCUUAAUGACUGGCAGAGGGGAAGAAUACCAUUUUUUGUGAAACCACCAAAUGCUGAACCACCACCCGGGGUAAUUUCUUUGAUAGAUGUUUCAUUGACACCAGAAAUAUCCCAAACAACUUCAACAGAGAAUGUUGUAGAAGAUGAGAUAUCUGACAAUGAAAGCAUAGUUUCAGAUGCACCGGAGGACGCACUCAAAGAAAAGAGAGAAAUAAAAGAAAUCCUUUCACAAGUGCGACAGAAUUUUGGCAAGAUCAAAGUGGCAUCUGAGUUUUUCCAGGAGGACUUGGUGCCUGUAGAAGUAGAUGGCAUGUCGGACAUUUCAGACCUAGAUUCUUUAGAGGAGGAAGAGCUGUCGGGAGAGGAAAAGGAAGAUCAACUUACGAACACUGUACACAAAGACAACAGUACAGAGCUCACAAAUCCACAACAGGCUGAAAAAGAAAGUUCAAAAACGCUGUUGAAAGAUUUGGAUGACAGAAUAGCAAAGUACAAAAAGUUCCUUGAUAAAGCCAAAGCAAAAAGAUUCUCUGCUUUAAGAAUUCCAAAAGAGCUAAGUGAUCACAUGUUUGCAAAGCCCAAAAAGAUGGACGAAGAUGAACAGCAACAAAAUGAAGGGAAAAGCAAACUGGGAAAGAAGAGGAAAAGGUUUGAAGAGGAGGAUGAAAAGCCACAGAAAAAACUAACGUCAAAAGAGAGGCGGCGGCUAGAGAGGCAACAGCUUUCAAAGAAAGUGGGGGUACGGUACUACGACACACACAAUGUCAAGAACAAGAAUCGCAACAAAAAGAUAGUGGACCCUCAAUCCCAAAAUGUCCGGAAAAAAUCAAAGCAGAAGCAUUAAUUUUUGUUUCAUUAAUAAAUGGUUUGAUUUUUA